CCGUUUGAUCAAAGCCCCAACAUGAUACGAGCCAUCACUAGGCUCGCUGUUACGAGGGCUCAUCGUGAAAUGCACUUAUGUGUGCGAUACGAGAAGCAGCAAAAAGUGUGUGGAAUGUUGCAUCAGUUGGUGCAAUCGCGGCAAUUCACGACUACCGGUCGAAUGGGCUACUCGGUUUCACCAACCAAUAUAAAUGAUGAUGUACAGCAGCCCAAAGAAGGACUUCUGAAGCGGUUUAUUAAAAAAAUGGGCUGGAUUGACAAUUCAUCUGUACGAUUGCGCGUUUCCAGCUGCCUACUGUACGAAUCCGUAGUUGACCACAUAAAUUAUGCCGAAUUUUUUGAAUGCUUCAACAUGCCGGAUACGUUUAAUACAUGGUUCCUAAUCACGGAGCUUCACGUGUGGAUGCUAUUGGUUCGUGCUAUGGCGGAGGGUGCAGAAAAGGGUGCUGCCGGGCGAUUCAUGCGCAAUUGUAUCGUUGAAACGAUGUGGAAUGAUGUGACCACACGCGCCAAACAGCUGACACUGGACAAUCCAUCUGUGGUGCGACCACAGAUACAGCAACUUUCUGAACAAUUUCAAGCCGCACUUAUAUCCUACGAUGAGGGUAUAAGCUUCGACGACAAGCAACUAGCGGCUGCUCUUUGGCGGCGAUUUUUGGGAGGGCGCUGUGAGGAUUACGAAAAACUAGAGCUGCUUGUGGGAUAUGUACGCAAACAGAUUUCAAUGUUAGAUCAUUUAAGUAGAUACGAUUUUGCAAUUAAACCAACCGUCAAGUGGGCCUCGCUAGCUGAACCUACGUAAACGUAAAUACCUCACCAUUACCGUAAUUCAUUGCCCUAGUUGCAAAAAUAUACUAGAUCUAAAAGAGCCAUCACUUUAGCGUU